AUGGCUGUGGCAAAAUGUGGAAAUAAUAAAUAUUUCGAUGGACUAAUCGAAGAAUGUCAGCCUUGCUCCAUUAGAUGCAAGUCUCCUCCCCCUAUCUGUGUGACAUAUUGUAAAUCUCUGGCAUCCUCUGCUAAUGAAGCUGGACCGAACCGAAAUAUUCGUGUAAUCCUCAUAGUGUUAUUUGUGUUCCUUGGAGCUUUCAUUACACUGACUUUAAUUCAGGUUGUACGCAGAAAGGCCUGCAGAUCAGUCAUCAAAGCCAAAGCUCAACAUCAGGAAACAUCAGAAAGUGAUGGAGGUUCUGAGGCAACUGAGAAGUCGGACGCUGGAUCACCUGAAAUGGAAGACGCCACAUGCAAAACUCACUGCAACACCAGUCUUCCACUUCCCUCCACAGAGGAGGGAACCACCAUGUUAGUCACCACAAAGACAGUGCAGACAUAUAACUGCAGAACUCAAUAUAUAGAGGAUGUAACAUUAGGUGUCUGGAGAACUGAAAUCGUAUAAGAAUUACUUGAACAAUAUAAAAUGAUGCAGUCUCUAAAAUGCAACAAAUGAUGUUUACAUAUUUUAUUCAGUUUUUCUUGGCUUUCAGCUGUGCCAAAUCCUGCUGUUGGAGCUCUUUUUCAUCUCCAGCUCUGAUUCGUUUACCUUCGCUUCAGUGUUUAGAUGUUUUUGAAGAGGCUGAAUAUCUGGAUCAGGUGUAAUGGGUUUGCUAAACUAAGCAGGACAGUAAAUCUCCAGCAGCACAAAUGGGUACCACUGAAGUCUGCUACAGACUGAGUAUACUACCUGUGAUUUAAUCACAUCCCGUAGAAAAGAAAUGUAGGCUGUUUCUGCAUUAUAUAUACUCUUGAUGAUAAUGAUCAUCCUGAUCUAUGAAUCCAGACUGACGAUGGAUAUCCUUUGACCAUCACAGAGAAUAUUGUUAGUUUAACUGCUUCAGGGAUGAUGAGAUAUAUCACAGAACAUGUAUUUUGUAUCAAAUGUGGAUAAAGCCAUAGUGGGUUUGUAGCUACAAUGUUAUUUGUUCAUUAAAAACCCUUGUGCAGGUGCACAGCUUCAUA